AUGGCGUUAAAUACGAAUUUCUUGCUGCCCGGGGCUUUCGAUCAAAAAAAGGACGAUUGGAAAGUGUAUAAAGAACAAAUGUUAUUUGCGCUACAAGCACUGGGCGUGGAAAAUAACCUAGAAAGUGCCCGCGCCAUUUUCCUUUCACAAUGUGGAAAAGAUACUUUUGCAUUUUUAAGUUCAUUAGUGGCGCCGAAAAAACUCGUGGAAGUGAACUUUGAUGAUAUCUUGGCCGUAUUAGACAAGUUUUUCGCGCCCGAGAAAAGCGAAAUACUCGAAGCCGGGAAAUUCCAUCUACGAUGUCAAGAGAAAAGUGAAAAAAUGCAAUCCUUUAUUUCGGCCAUUAAAGCGAUAGCAGUGCAUUGUAACUUCAGUGAUUUAGAAAGACAAUUGCGUGACAGACUGGUGUUGGGAGUUAGAGAUGUGCGUUUGCGGCGAGAAUUACUGAAAACGGACAAUUUAACGUUCGCACAAGCCGUAAGCCGAAGUGUUCAAUAUGAGCAAACUGUGAGCGACCUUUACCCGCAAACAAGUACCUCAACACCUCUGGAGACCAAACCAACAACGAGCACAAGUAUAUCUGAACCGAUGGACACCAACCUAGUUAACGUCGGCUCGCAAAAGCGCGAGACUGCCUGUCGUCACUGCGGGGCGAAUCAUAACCCUAGAGGCUGUAAAUUUGCUAGGGCAAACUGUAACUACUGCAAGAAGGUGGGCCAUACGGUUGCCGUAUGUUGGAAUCGUAAUAAGAAGAAAAUUAACCUGGUUGAAGUUGAAGAACUGGACGACAGCAAGGAGGACUUCGCCUACAUGAAUGAAAUCCUGCAAGUACAUGUCAAGUCAAGUGCUGAGCAAGCUAGUAGCAAGAUCUUCACUAUAAUCAAGUUGCAUGAUAAAGAAGUUCAGUUUGAAGUGGACUCGGGGGCUGCACGUACUGUUAUCUCAUAUGAAACAUGGAGAAAUCUGCAGUUCAAGAUUAAAUUGGAGGAUGCUAACAUAAACCUUAUCACCUGGGGUCGGCAUCCAAUUAAGCUGAAGGGAUUAGCUAAAGUGAAAGUUGGAUACAAAGGGCUUGAACAUGAAUUAACAAUAAUUGUUGCUGAAGACAGGGGACCUAAUAUUUUGGGAAGAAAUUGGUUUGUGCCAUUGGGCAUACAAGUUGAAGGACUCUGUUGGACAAGUCAAGUACCAGAAGAACUGCAGUUGAAAUACCCUAAAGUAUUUAGUGAUCAACUGGGUUGUUAUACGGGGCCGCCUGCAAAACUAAUUCUGAAGAAUGAAGCUCAACCAAAGUUUCUGAAAUGUCGACCUAUCCCUUAUGCUCUUAGAGAAGAGGUGAAAACUGAACUGAAGCGACUUGAGGCAAUUGGAGUGUUGACUCCUGUGAGAUAUUCUGAUUGGGCUACACCACUCCGCAUUGUAAGGAAGGAAGAUGGAACCUUGAGAAUAUGUGGCGAUUACCGUUCUACAGUUAAUAUCUCAAUAAACUGUGAUGUUUAUCCACUGCCAACAUCAACGGAAGCAUUCCAAUUACUGGCUGGAGGUAAAAGUAUUUUCAAAACUGGAUCUGAAGCAAGCUUAUACACAAAUGUUAGUAGAUACGGAAUCAGCUGA